UUCUCUCCCUUCACACACAUUCGUUUCCGACUCGAAUUUCUCACUCGUUUAUUCUUCAGGAGAGUCCCGGUUCUGAACCGAACCACUUCAAAUUUUACGGUCGCUCACUCUCACCUAACCCGAUAGGGGGUGAACUCCUCAAUACCGAAGCCUCCACGCGAAACCGUCACUUUCCCUUCUUUUCUUCCGAGCGUUCUUUCUCUUCAACACUCGAUUUGUUUUUGUCAGAUACGCCUCAGCAUCUGACCGAAACGGGAGCAAACGUCGUGGACAGUUUGACAACAAACGACUAUUCAACAAACAGAAGUUCUUCAGGGUUACGCAGGCCGUCCCCAUUUCUUCUCCGAUCACCCUUGCGACUGUGUCCAGCGGUGUUUACGUUCUUCCUUCCGAUACUCGACCUCACCCCUUCCCUUGCCGUCUCAUCAUGCUUUUCAACACACAGAGCACCCUCGUGGUGUCGACUGCCCUCUUUGCGGCCAGCUCAGUAGCUCAAGAGGGCUUCAAGGUUAUUCCUCGCGGCUCAGCCAACGGAAAACUUGUCGGUUGCUACUCCAGCGCUCCUGGUUAUGGUUCAUCAAAGGAUUACACCUACCAGAGUUCUGGCUGGUGUUUGAACAAGUGUUACAGCGCCAACAGCGCUGCAUUUGCUCUGACAGGGGGCUCGACCUGCAUGUGCGGUGACACGCUACCACCCGACAGCGACAAGGUGGACAGCGGCAAGUGCAACAAGGCAUGCACUGGUUGGCCCUCAGAUAUGUGCGGUGGCAGCGACUACUACUCCAUCUACACCACGAACUAUGAAGAAGAUGUCCCGACCUAUUCGGAAUCUAGCUCAACCACUACCACCAGCAGCGGCGAAUCGAGCACCACGAAAACCGAUGCCGCUAGCACCGCUGUCUCAUCCACGUCUAGUCAACAGACGACUGAAGUGACAUCCCCCAAAGAGAGCAGCGCAAGUGCAUCUAUUGAGGCAAAGACCAAGAGCAGUCACAACACUGCUGCGAUCGCAGCCGGAGUCGUGAUUGGUGUCGUUGGAUUCGCCGCCCUCUGUGGUGCUGCGUUCUUCUUCUGGCGGUCCAAGAAGAACAAGACCAACACUGCUUUCGGUGGUGGCACCACUGGCGGCUACGGCCGCGACUCGAACCCGCCCUCGAUGACCGACUCUCGGUUCGAUGGCGACUACAUGGCACAGCGCCGCCAAAGCAAUGGCAGCAUUGAUGACGACCACGACUUCUCUCGUCGGAUCCUGCAGGUGACGAACCCCGAUCGCUAAACCACCUCUCCAACUGAAUUACGCAUCCCUCUCCUCUUCCUUCUCUCUCCUCAGUAUUAGCGACCUAUGUUCUUUCUCCCUCAAUCUGCUUUACGAGACUGCUGUCAUUAUUGUUCCUCGGGUUUUUUUACCGGAGUUGUGAUAUCCGUAAGGCAUCAGGCUCGACUCGACUUGGUGUCAUAGUUUGUGAUUUCUGUCUCUUUCGCCGUACCCUGGAACACGCUGCGUCAACAAGCGACGGCGUUGCCAUGCGAUCCGAUGCAGUUCUCAACACCUACAACCGAGUGACUGUUCACCAGGACUCCCAGCAGUUUAAUCGUUCCACCUUGUCUGGCACUGCAAAUUCCUGGGUGGCAAUGGACGGCUUGUAUCUGAAAAGGCGUUUGCUAUUUUUUUCGGCCCUAUCAAUGCUCUUUUUUCUCGUUUCCAUGAGCAGACCAUUCCUUUGAUGUGAUUCUUUUUUUCUUUCCUCU